CUUUAUAAGCGGUCGUGGAUUAUGAUGCUAUUUUUUAUAGCAGCGGAAUAUUGGCCUCUCUUUCGGCUUCAACUGUGAACAGCACUAUAUCGCGUUAUUUUUUAUUUUUCAGAUUUAUUUAUAAUUUGGUUCUCCGUUACUUCUGAGCACCGAGGGACCUCCGAGACGCAAAGCCUACGUUCAAUGCCGUUGGAACAUGUCCUAUGUUCCCUUUCAAGAUGCAAGGUGUGCCGUCCCCCCCUCCUAUCAUCAUCACCAUCAUCGCUCCCAAGCCCACUCCUUCCACGCUCCCUCGUACGACCGUCCCGUUCACGAACGUCCCGCCUACGACCGUCCGCCCCUCAACCGUCCGCCCCUCAACCGUCCUUCCUUCAACCGUCCCUCCUUCAACCGGCCUUCCUUCGACCGUCCAUCCUUCGACCCUCCCUCGUUCAAACUUACCCCGCACGAGCGUCCCGUCUACGAGCGCCCCUCACACGACCGUUCAUCCCAAGACCACUGGAACCCCCAUCUCAGUGUGAACCCCGGAAAUCAGAGCUACAUGUUGGACCAGGAGGAGGUACACCCUUUGCUGAUGCGCGAGCGGCGCUCAGAGUCUCACAGGAACAAGCUGCUGCGGCGGACAGUCAGCGUUCCUGUUGAUGGAAGGCAACAUCCCGAGAUGGCGACGCUCAGCGCUUCACUCUGCAUCUGA